AGAAUUUCCCCCUCGCCACAAUUGGAAAUCCUGCAGUCAUGACGGUGUCUGGGGACAUCUGCGCUUUCUUCUUCGAGCCCGUGUACGACCCUGAUGCACCGCCUCCCGCGCCACCUCCACCCCCUUCUCCGACUGCCCCCAAGAAGCGCGGACGCAAGAAAAGCGUGUCGCUGGGCGGCGCCAACCGCCACCGAUGCAAAGUGUGCCACAACGUUUACACUCAAGCCGUGAGCACGGGCUACACUAACCUGCUCACGCACCUGCGCAUCAAACACCCAGAUUGGGAGGAAAUGUUCAAGUCUCAGCAACUGCAGUCAGUUACCCCUGUUGCUCCGUCGACAGAGGAAAAUGCCACGGAACUUUCCACCCGCUCUCGGUCGCCAUCGGCAACUCCAUCGGCAACGCCAUCGGCAAAUUCGUCUGCACCCAAACGUGUGCGUCCGUCAGGGGCAGGACGUAAACGUGGCCCUGUGUACGAGCACUUUGAGGACGCGCCGUUGACUCCCGGCAAGAAGCAGAAGACCAUGCGCUGUGUGUAUUGCCACGAGGACACGCCGCAGCUCAGUGCACGUUUGAAACUGCAUCUGUCAACGAAAUGCCCGGAAGUCCCGGAGGACGUAAAGACGAAAUACGCUGGAGCUGUGGGGGUCAUGUCCAACAGGGUAGAAGGUGCUGUGGCGAACAAGAGCGAAGCGGCCGCCAAAGAACCUGUGUCGCCGUCGACAAAGCCUGCAACAACAGCGUUCAAGUCGCCGUCGACAAAGCCUGCAACUUCGGCAGUCAAGUUGCCGACAAAGUUGCAACAAAGAUCUUCACCUUCAAUUGCCGCGAAACGUAGUACUGUCAAUCUUCGCGUCUUCGAGGAGAAACUCACCGCUGCAAUGAUUGCCACUGAUGCGCCUUGGAAAUUGCUUGACAAUGCGCAAUUUCGAGAGGCAAUGGAGAUGUUGCAUCCCGUGUCUGACACUUUUCCGUUGACGGCAACUCGUGCUCGCAACGAAGUGCUCGAUCGCUUGACUCAGACGUACGAUCGCGACUGCAAAGACAUUUUGGCAACGUCAAACACAGUCACGUUGAUGGUUAAAAGCACUGAUGUUGCCCCUGAUGGAACCAAGAAGGCGACGUACGUCGCAGUGGACGAGUGGCGACGCGCCUUCGUGCUGGCAGAGGGUAGUAAUUCCUCGACAUCGCCUUAUGUUGCUGAAGUGUUCUCCAUGCUGUCGACACUACCAUCAAGCAGUGCGAAGAUUUUCUUAUGCACUCCAACAUCGGGAACUUACGCGCGUGCGCGUCAGGAGCUGCAACCCAAUGACAGUGACUCACGCAACCUGAUCACUCUUAUGGGCGUGUGCAUGACGCAGCAGACGGCGUUGCUACUACAUGAACUUUUGCUAUGCAGUAUGUCACUGGAAGAAGCUCUCGACAACGCUGGACUGAUCGGAGAUGCUCUCCAUGCGUUGCCGUCGUUGCGCAAUCGUGUGUUGCAGGGUGUCUAUGGCGAUAACAGUGCUGAUAAAGCUGUUAAGGCCUUCAGCCAAGUGUCAGCCACAAGCUGGCGCUCUGUUGCAAUGGCAGUGAAACAAGCAACUCGUCUGGAAAGCUUCCUUCGUGUUGCCAUUUCGCAAGAAUCGAAAGAUUCGCCAUCAUCGCUGCAAAAGUUGCGUGCAUUGGUUGAUAUGAGUAGCAGCGACAUCGCCUGGAACACCCUGAAAAACACUGCGCAGUUGCUGCUGCCGCUGAAUUAUUUUUCAGCACUAAGCGAGUUGCAAACCACAACGUCCGGCGAGUUGCUAGCGCUGUGGAUUUGGCUCUUUGGCGCUGCGACGCGUUCGCCUCUUUUUGAUGGCAAUUCUCACCCUCUGGCGACGAGUUUCAUGCAACGUUUGGAAUGUUACGUGGAGGAACAUUUCAUCGCGUGUAUGGUGCUGGAUCCUCGCGUCCAUGGCGCUGGACUGAGUGUGUCAGGCUUGCGUCGCGCUCGCGGCAUCACUGUCCGUGUGGCAACUUCGUUGAUCCCGAACUUCAAUGAGAACAACUUCAUCCGGUCGUAUAACGACUAUGUGAAGCAACAGGGAGACUUCGGAGAGCCUGGAGUAUGGAACGCCGCUAAUACGUCCAACCCCAUGGAGUUCUGGGGCGACUACGAAGGUGAUCCGAUACACAACCAGCUUGCGGUAGUGGCCAAGACUGUGUGCUCUUUCGUGCCACACACAUGCUCACUGGAAGAGCUGUGGGCUGACACGCAACAGACUAAGGUGGUGGAUACUACAGUAUCUAAAGAACAGGAGAAGUGCACCAAGAUUCGUCACGCCGCUGCACUUAACGCUCGAGCAAGUGCGAAGGAAGUUACGAACAGGUUCCAACCACUUCUUUCCAUUGAAAACGAGCCGUCGAUUGAAGAAUUUCUACAGUCGAACGCUGUUAUUCAAGGCGGUGAUGAACUAGAUUCUAGCUCUCAUAAACUGGCGGUGCGCUCAGUAGUGGAGAGCGUAAAAGACGGCUUGGAGGACGACGUGGCUGGAUCGGACGCACGCUCCAUGGCCCUCGAUGCCUCUUGGUUCGACAUUAGCUCGGCCGGACUGGACAAGAUCAAGCGUGCGGUGGAGAACUACUUGAAUGCUGUCAUUCAGGAAUAGGUGGGGAGUUAUCGAUUUGACCUGGAGACUAGCGAGUUGGCUGUAGUUACUUGUAACGUGUGCAUAUCAAUGGUCGCUUUUUGUAAUCCGUUGCAUCUUGCAUUCGGACUUUCAUAUCCUCCGGAUAAUGA